CUUGACGGCCAGGAGUGAGCGGUGCCAGGCGAGCUCGUGACGUGUCGUCCUCGCGUGGAUCGGUGGAGCUUGAAACACUAAAAUGUCGCUGACGCGGAGUCUGCUGGUCGCGGCGCUGGCUGUCGCUGCGGCGGCGGUGCCAUUCCCCGGCCGUGGCCAUAGCUCCUCGUCCAUCACGUUCGUGGAUACCAGGCAGCCGUCCAAAUCGCCGGCCUGGGGCAACCGAGGCGGUAACAUACAAUUCGGCCAGACCAGCGCCACCAGCAACCAACAGUCAACGGGUGACACGCAGACGAACCAGGGCCAGGCCACUGGUGUCUCCGUGCAGCAGCAGACAGGCCUGGGCGGUGCCGUCCAGACCACCAACAACGCGGCGGCGAUUGAGGCGCUGCAGCAGGCCGGCGGCGGCGGCGGCGGUGGUUCGCAGAGCUCCAACAACCAGGUGAACAUCAUGUCGACACAGCUGCAGCAGAACGUGGAGGGCACGCUGGUGAACGUGGAGGCCGGUCACACGGGCGUGGUGAUCGUCAACACGAACGACCAAGACGGAGUCGUCACCGGCCAGCAGGUGGUGAACAAUCGGCCGAUCGCGCCCGCGACAGAGGGGAGCAGCCGGUGCCGGUACACCUGUCGUCGCAACACCGGCCAACUGUACUGCUGUGAUGAUGGCACCAACCGCGGAGGACCACCGGCGAUCCACGGCGGCAAGUGCCCUCCGGUCCGGCUGCUCUGCCCUCAGAAUAACUUUAUCCGCAAGUGCGCCCACGACGGCCAGUGCCUGGAGAGCGACAAGUGCUGCUACGACACCUGCGCUAAUACCCACAUCUGCACGUUGCCCGACAGCGUCUAGUGCGUCACACGGCUGGUCCGGCGCUUGUUGCCAUGGUGACGCGCUUUCUGUGAUCUGAAGCUUAGUAAAGUCGUUGGCGCCUUGUGAAGAUCCGACGAUGGCUAUGGUCAUGGCGCAGUGUGAUAUAGCUCCGUCCGAACAAAUGCUUACUUAAUUGGGGCACUUAAAUGCGAUCAUGUUGUUAAACUACUUGGUAAAACAUAUAAAGACGAAUCGAAGAUCAGAACACUUUGUGAUGUGUUGUGACGGAGGAUCUCCAGGGAGCCGAUGUCUGAGCAUGAUGGGUUCGUGACCGUGGCGCUGUUCAAGGCCCUGGCUCAUUAUCAGUGCCCUAAGAAUGACAUACUAAGAAUGACGUAAAAGCUGAGAUCUGAAAUCACAUAGCUUAACCUGUAAUGUUGCGAGAGAGGGAAUGUCAAUUAUACUGAAGACCUUUC